CAAAAAGGGCUAGCCACAUACAUGCUUCAAAGCAACGCUCAGUGAGGGAUCUAGUUGGAUUUUGAAGCCAUCAUGAGUGGAGGAACCCCUUAUAUCGGGAGCAAAAUCAGCCUAAUUUCUAAGGCCGAGAUUCGUUACGAAGGGAUUCUCUACACUAUUGACACUGAGAAUUCGACUGUCGCACUUGCAAAAGUUCGGUCUUUUGGCACUGAGGAUCGGCCCACUGAUAGGCCCAUCCCGCCCCGAGAUGAGAUCUUUGAGUACAUAAUCUUCAGAGGCAGUGACAUCAAGGACCUGACUGUGUGUGAGCCGCCAAAGCCAACAUGCUCUUUCCCGCAGGACCCUGCCAUCGUCCAGUCCUCUGUGUGCUCAGCCCCUCCACCUGCUCCUGCUGCCACUUCAGCUCCAUUCCAGUCGGUGGGCUCCAACGGCCUGUUCAACCGAGCUCCCGUGCCCCUGUACAACCAGUGUAACACCAGCCCCCUGGUGUCAAUGCAGUUUGGCACCGUUGGUGACGGAAGAUCAGUGACGCCCUCCUCCUUUGGGAGCGACACAAGCUCCGCUGCAACCCAGUCCCAGAGCAGUGCUAUUGGCGCUGCUCUCCCCACUGAUUCACACUCUCUGGGUACUGCUACUGUCCUUGUAUCUAAAGGCCACACCAGCCCCCACCUGGACCCCCUGAGGAAGAGCCCCACAGUAGAACAGGCAGCCCCGUCGGCCCCCUACGCUCCGCCUCCCAGCUUGGGCCGUAGGAGUCCCGCUCCAGGCCAAACGACCCCCUCGGCUCCAGCCGCCGGCCAUGCCCAGCAGCAGCACCAUCACCAGGUUGGCGGCCGCCCACCUCAGAGGCGUGGUCGUGGGGGAAGACAACGCGGCAGGGGCCGCUUCAACGUGCGCCUAGAUGGACCCAUGAAGUUCGAGAAGGACUUCGACUUUGAGAGUGCCAACGCCCAGUUCGACAAGGAAGAAAUUGACAGGGAGUUCCAGAGCAAGCUCAAACUAAAAGAUGAGACGGAGAAGGCAGCAGGGAACGUGGAGGAUCAGGGUAACUCCAGUGUGGAGACUCAGAACAGCAAGGGCAACGCUGAUGAAGGGCUGGAGGCACCAACACUUCAAGUUUACUACGACAAGUCAAAGUCUUUCUUCGACAAAGUCUCCUGUGAUUACAGCAGGAAAGCUGCAGAAAAACCUGGAGGAAGCUCUGGUUUCCCACUGCAGCGGAGGCAGACCUGGGCUGAGGAGAGGCGUAUCAACUCUGAGACGUUUGGCAUCCCCCUGCGUGGGGGUCAGGCCCGUGGAGGCUACCGUGGGCGUGGUGGUAUGGGCUUCCGCAGGGGUCGCUCCGCCAGCAGAGGGUCCUUCGGUCCCCCCCGCGGAAGCCACUGCUACAGGGGAGGAUUCAAUCCAACAAGCCAGGGAGGAUGGGAGUUUUCAGAGAACUUUGAGUACAGGGAUACUGGUGGCUGCAUGGAGGACAGAUCCAGAGGGGCGACGCCUCAUCUUUAGAAAUAGUUUUUUUAUACUUUUGACUAAAAGAUUGUAUAUUUGUCAACAUCACUGGGGUAGACUGUUUUGAAUGCCACUUUUCCAUAUCUUUUAAUAAUGGAAAUGAUGCAAUCCAUCGAUCUCUUCAAAACUUCCAGGUGGCUAAAUUGUGUAUACAAAUAUUUGAGGGAUGUCCUUUUCAGCAAUGAGUUUUUUUCUUUUUUUUCUUGUAACAGGUAUUUGAUUAUAUUCUGUUAGGUGUAGAAGGCCGAAUGACUGAGGAUCGCUGACAGCUUCAUUUUUUUGGGGUAACCUGUAAUGUACCAAAAUAGCCAGUGGGGUCUGUCACAGCUUUCUGUGUAUUUUUCAACCACACAAAAACUGUACCUGUACCUAGUCUGCUAGCUAUCCAUGUCCUCCAAAUGGCAGCGUUUGUGAUUUUAGCUAGAUAUAAACUUUUUGUAAAUGAUAUUCUGUUUUAUUUACUUCCAUGUCUUCACUAGUGAUGGUGCUAGAUGAACUUGGCUAUACUCUUCUUGUUUGGUGACAGUUUAACUCUGGUUGCAUAACUAGGUAUAGGGAAAGAUGGAUCAUAGGUCAGAACUUUUUUUUUUUUAAAGAUUUCUGUAGAUUGCCCUGUACUCGAGGCUACUGAUAUUGUGUAACUAGAGUUGCACAGUGCUGCUGUUUGCUACGGUUAUAUCUUUAGCGUAAUCUAUGUAAACUGCUACAAGAGCUCGCUAAAGCAGGCCAUCUAAGUAUGCUUCUUCCUGACAUUUAGGUCACAUUUUGGUUUCCAACAUUUCUAAGGAGCUUUCCAAAUUGUUAUUCCCUUAUACCUCUUUGUCAGUUUGUUAACCUCAUCCUGAACUCCACAUCCUCGUUCCUCUCAAAGAAACCAGAAUGCCAGAAAGAAUUUGACCCACCAACCGUACUUGAUGUCUGACGGAGAGAAACAAUACCCUGAUUGAACUCUUGAUUGGAUGCCUCUGACUCUGUCCCAUGGCACUGCAUGGUGGUUGGUGGCUUGCUAAGCUACACAAGUGAUGUCAACCUAAUUGGUUAAAAUAUUUGAUUUAAUUGUAGAGCCCUUUGGUUUUAGCGUAUUAGUUACAUAGCAAUAUUGAAGCUAAUGUUUUGGAGGGUUUGAAUGAUUGGGCACAAAUUGGGUGAAGAUUGGUUGAUGGGAAGUAAUGAACUCUGACAAUGUCUGAUGCUAUCUUGGCCAGGCAUGAUUUAAAUAGAAAAUACUAGCUAGAUUUGGGAAUUUAUAUCUUGCAGGAAAUGUACACAGUUGCACUUUUUACUAUUGAAGUUGUUUUAUAUAAUGGUGUCUUCUGUUAAUCCUGAGAUUGUAUUCCAGUUCUGCUAACUGUGGAUGACCUGUGAGUCCCAAAUGGCAGCCCUAUAUAGUGCACUGCUUGGCUCUGGUCAAAAGUAGUUCACUUUACAGGGAAUAGGAUGCUAUUUGGGAUGAUACUGACGAUGUUAUGGUACCUGCCCCCCCGUGUGAACAGGUCUUAAACUACAAGUUCAGUAUUGCGUUUCUUUUAGUGUCCUCAGGGAGUUAAGAAUAAUUUCUUGUUGUGCCUUAAUGCCAGUGAAUAACUAGAAUACUACAUUUGAACUAAUAACGGAGUGUAUAGUCAAAUUAAAUUUAUUCUCUGGCUUUGAUGCACUGUAGUGCAAAGUGUGUUGGAUUCUGCCCCCAUUAAGGUUUUGAAAGCUUUCAGUAAUUUAAAAUGAGACCAACAUACAGAAAGAAUAUUGAUUGCUAAAUGGGGUUGUGUCUUAGGUUGUUUUAUACAGGCAGCCCAAUUCUGCUGUUCACUAAUUGUUAUUUGGAGCAGCUAUGAAAAAGAACAGAAUUGGCUGCGUGUAUAAACGCAGCCUUAAAAUUAUCUUGUCUAAGAUGAAGGGUGGUACAGUAGAAUGGGUGGUGGGAUGGGGUGAACCUAAACUGUAUUGCCUUGAUUCUUUACUUCCUCUUGUCUUCUCAAAACAUAUCGUAGCAGAAGAUCAGAGGGGAGGAACCUCUGUUCUUCUGCGCCAAUGUGUUUUGGGGAGACGAGGAAUCAAGGCAACACAGUUUCGGUUCACCCAUAGGAUCAAGUGCCUAGUUCAAAGGGAUGUCCUGUAUCUCCAUUUCUCAUUGUUGCACAGAAGCCUGCAUGAGGGUCUGGCUCAAGCCACUCAUGACACAGCAAGGAUACAAUGCAAUAACUCACUAAAAUGUCUGUGCUGGGGGUAGUUUGUUUGAGCAUCAAAUAUAUAAAUUACAUACAGACUUUAAGCUUGUUUAUUUGGGUCCAUUUUUCUAACAGUUGUCUCUAAACCCAGCAUGACGUCCUCUUCUGUGGGCCUCAGUGGACUGGGUUUUUUAUUCAAAGCAAACAAUAAAAGUUUUCAUCUGUG